AUGAGCGCUGUAGCCCAGGCAUCCUUUUGGCAAAUGGCCGUGGCAAUGCUCGAAGACAUGCAGAAGACGCAAAUGGUGAUCGAUGAGGUAAGUUAUGGCAUAGCCAUCGAAGCAUGCUCGCGAGCGGAAAAGGCCGUGAUAUCGUCCGAUGGCUGCCAGGGGUUUCCUGAACUCCUAUGCUUUCUGACUUGGAAACUGUCCUGUCCAACGCCUCGAGAUCCUCAAGUCUACAAUGGAGCAAUCUUCGCCCGAGGCGGGUCAUGUUGCUAUGCGCAGAAGGAACUUCCGAUCGCCGCUGUUUCGGUCCAAGCGUGCUGGGCCAAAGUUGCCCCGUACCUCGGUUAA